AGGAGGUUGAGAAUUGUAAACAUAGGCCACAAAGGCUCUCCAUUCACAGUGCAUCUUCAUCCAAUCAUGGCGGCCAAACGAUUGAUGCCAGUCAACUUUGUGAACGCAGUUUUGCGCUCAUUCAUGAAGGAGUCAGGCCUGGAACCCAGACUACUUGGAGCUAGCAGUUUCCGUAUCAAAGAUGCUCAGAAAGGAAGAGUCGACUUCGAAUUGGAUAUCCAGAAAGACCAUACAAACCGAAUGAAGGCGAUCCAUGGCGGCACACUUGCCAGCAUGGUCGAUCUAGGUGGCUCUUUGGCAGUCGCUUCCAUGGGCCUGUACUCAACUGGUGUCUCGACAGAUCUCAAUGUCACUUAUCUCAGCAGUGGUGGCGUUGCUGGUGACAAGCUUACUGGCACAGCCACUUGUGACAAGAUCGGAAAGACACUGGCAUACACCACUGUCACGUUUAACAACGCCAAAGGAGAACUCGCUGCGCGAGGAAGCCACACCAAGUUUGUUGCAAAGGCAUGGCCUACGAAGCAGGGACUUUUCGAACUCCCCGAGGGUGUCUCCGAGCCUUCUGGGGAUGAUAAAUGAAAAGUAACAUAUUGCCCAAUGGUAAAUUGCCCCAGACUAGAUAUAUACACGGGUUCAAGUACAAAUGCAGCGGCCUUCUGCCCAAUUGGAUUCUCAAAACGCCAUCCAGAAAUGCGAAAGCAACAUGAUCAAAACCAAGGAGCUGAAUACACUAUUCAUUAUUACACCCGUGUUUCCCAGUUGUGCCUCGCGGCACUUCUAUCCAUGGGGUCGACCGUCCGAUACUAUGGUCCUCUCAUCAUCACUGACAUAUACAUGGUUCAUUGGUACAGUCGAUUGUCCCUCAUCGUGGCCAAAAACAGGGUCUGGAAUGGGAGAAAAGCCUACAUGGAAUGACUGUUUUGUCGUCCACAGUCCGUCCUUCUUCUUGGCUCCGAUGUUGACAAGAAUCCCGGAGACCAUGACAAAGAAAACCCAACUCAAGAUGUGAGCUGCAUACUUGAUUGACGGCCAGUUAGAAGCAGCCCUGAACGUUCCCUUUGCUGCGUCUGGGUCAGCAGGAGUCAUAUCAGGACCGAGCGUCCCCUCGAACCCAAUAAACGUGAAGCAACGCAGGAACAUGAUGACGGUUGCCAAAAGAUAACGUCCCGCGAUCUUCGUAUACUCUGGCCACUCCAGACACGCACGAUCUUGGCGGCAUAAGCGAUGGCCGGCAGCGUCGCGGCCCAGCGCAACACAUCGGCGGCCACGGUAGCGGUGGCGUAGGUUCUGAAGUUGUUCAUCCUCCAGUCCUCGUGAUACUCUUCCAUUUCUCUGAGCCAGGAUUCUACGUUUGCGAGGUAGAUGCCGGCGGAGACCAGCGCUGUGACCGUCACGGCCAGGGCGAUGGUGACCGAAAGGGAUCGCAGCACGGAUUGGUAGACGGUGAUGGUUCUGAGGCGCGCGUACAUGAAGCCGUGGCCCAGCUCGAAAAAUAUGAUGAGAAUGACAGCGUCGGCCAGACGAGAUAGGAGGUUCACGAGGCCCGAGAUUCUUGCUAUUCUCACGGCCGACGAGAGUGCAUUCGAGCUUGGGUCGUAGUACCUGUUGCGAUUACUCCACGACCGCCAAGGAUAGGGGCUAUGUUCGGGUCUAGUGAUAUAACCGUCCUGGACUUUGGUUGCUGAUUCGCUUAGAUAUAGAACAGCAAGUAAUACUUGGAGUGGUAAGAGUAUUUGCAUCCAGAUAGCAAACGAUUUCCUGGCCGGGUCAUGCCGACUAACAUGAUUAGCGACAUAAAUCCAAAGCAUGCAGAGAGCCGCUACCGAAAUGCUGGACACGGCGACAUUCCCUGCAUUGCCAGUUUCAUCCAGCCUAAUUAAUGUUGACGUCGACAUCGUUGGCGUGCUAGUGUGUCUUUCUUUUCGUAGAUAUGUUCUUGGCAGUUUCGUGAGAGCUACGAUAGAAUUAAAAGGGUGGUGGUCCCUGCGUGGUGUUUU